AGUAAAGUUAAAUAAGUGAAGAAUGAAGUGUAUAUUAAUUUUAUUUGGAAUUACUUUUUUCCAAAUCGGUUAUAUUAAAUGUGUUGAUGAUACAAUAGAUAAAAUUGCACAAUGUUCUGCAGAUCUUUUAAUUCCUUACUUCAGGUUAGAAGCCGUGAAAAACUCAUCAAUGGAUGGUUAUUGUCGUACCGCAAAAUAUUAUAAAAAAAUUGAUGUAAUUGAUGACAAUUUAAAAGUAAAUGAAGAAAAUUUAAAGGCAUAUUUAGAAAAAAAUUUAAAAGACAAAGACAAAUUGGAAAUAGCAUUAAAGAGAAGAAUGGAAUGUAUCCCUAAAGAUAUAAAAGAAAAAUGCGAAUUUGUUGGAGUUUGGAUUUUGUGUACAAAUUCCAUUAUAAGGAAAUCUAAAAAUGAAAAAAAGCAGCGAAGAAAAUAAUUAAAAUAUGAUUGUUGAGAAAAAUACAAAUUUUAAUCGAAAAAUGAUUUAUCUAUACAAUCGUCAUUUUGCGAAAUGUAUAAACUUAUACAAAAAAGAUAAUUAA